AUGUCAAUGGUAUCCAGCCCCGCCGAGGCCGUGGCAAGAAUAGCAUAUCUUUCCAGCGAUGUUGUCAUCUCAGUUCAAUCAUCGCUGGCCAAAGACUCAGACUUCUCACAACAUCUCCAUCAAUUCGCCUCGAACAGAGCCAAAAACCAUGUCUCAAGAAGCAUUCCAGAGAUACAGACCUCUCGCACCAAUGCAGAUCCGUUGUUGUCAGCGUACGCGCCACUUCGCUCUGGUAGACUGGUGUCGGUUACAGCAUCUUCCUCCAUUCUCCUGACUUCAAUACCUCAUCUCUACAAACUUGCAGAAUAUCCAAUCGUUCUCCAUGUAUCAGUACAGCAAACGCCAUACCCGGAUUUCUCGGAAAUUAGUUCCAUUCGACAAUGCGGAUUCUCUUUCCUACAUUCAGAAACCCUGCAGGAGGCUCAGGAUAUAGCUCUGACUGCACAUGCUCUGGCGAUUCGAAGUGGCAAGGGUGUCAUCCACUACUUCGAUCCUAGCAAUUCGGCUACCAAUGGUCCCAUUGCUCUGGAGAAGAAGCAGCUCAUCGAUAAGCUGCUCAUGAUAGACGCUAUGCAGCCGUUCGACGCACAGAGCGGCGAUCACUUCGCUCUGUAUGCGGACGACGGCCGAAUCGCAACCAUCCCAGAGCAGGAAGGCAUUCAAAGCAGCAGUGGGUCAAUAUCAGUUAAGCCGAAGGCGCAGUCGCAGUCACCCAUGAGAAAGGACAUUGGCCCGUCCUCGAGCUCGGAGACUUCUUCGGUUGGAUCGUCAAGAAGGGAGAGCAGCACAAGCAGUGGCCCGGCAUCUUCAGCCGCAACGACUGUUGAUCCACCCGCUACACGACCGGUUACAAGCUCUGAUAUCUACCAAAUUGUCACAGAUACUUGGGCUCGAAUGAAACAAAUUGUCGGAAGGUCGUACUCUCCAAUUGAAUACACUGGACCUCAGGACGCCGAUUCAGCUCUGUUUAUUUUCGGCUCCACUGGGGUGUUCGUGGAUGUACUAGAUGAUGACAAGAUUCCCGAAGACCUGUCUCGAGUCGGUCUCAUCACAGCUCGUCUCUACAGGCCAUGGUUAGGAAGUACUUUUGUCGAUUCGAUACCCAAAUCGAUCAAACAUUUGGCCGUUCUGGAACAGGUCAGGAGGAAGACCACCAAAUGGGGUCCGACAUUUCUCGAUAUUCUCUCUAGUCUGAAUCCCACUGCGGGUGGCAAGAGUUCGAUUACUCUGGUCGGUUAUAGGCUAGGAUAUAUUGAGCCAGCCACCGCCACACAAGCAUUACGCGGCAUAUUCCAGAAUCUCACUGCUGCCGCACCGAUCCAAGGUUUAUGCGUCGGCAACGAGGCAGGACCUGAUCAGCCCUUACCAGUUGUGGAGGUGCAACAGCCACAAGUAGAGGCAGCAUAUUUCAAGAUUUUGAAUCAAUUAUUUGGGCAGCGUCUGCACAUCGCCAAUCAGCUUGGGCUUAACAAUGCUGGCAUCUCACCAACCAUUGCGGCAAGUCCGGAAUAUGGAUUUGGCUCUUUGCUUGCUAGAAUAGAGCAUCGCAAACGGUUCGUCCUGGAAGCACAAGAAGCCGCAAGAAGUCAGGAGUUCAUCACAGAACCGCCCAGGCAGUGGCUCUCCAAGUGGGCUCUCCACGCGGAUGAUGCUCAGAAAGCCAACAACCUCGCACCCGAAGUGAUUUCACGGUUAUCGAAUGACGGAUCCCGCCCUGCAUCGCAUCUGCUCUCUAUGAAAAACCUCUUUUUCAAAGAGUCCCAAUGGCUCAUUGGCUCAGACGCAUGGGCUUAUGACCUUGGCAACUCUGGUGUUCACCAUGUGAUUGCGUCUGGAGCUAAUAUCAACAUGCUCAUAAUCGAUUCGCAGCCAUACAGCGAGCGUGCCGCUGCUGAUGCCGACCGGAGAAAGAAAGAUAUCGGCCUCUAUGCAAUGAACUUUGGCAACACUUACGUUGCUUCGGUGGCUGUUUACAGCUCUUACACCCAGGUUUUGCAGGCAAUGGUUGAAGCUGACCAGUUUGAAGGCCCAUCGGUCGUGGUGGCAUAUCUGCCAUAUCAUAAAGAAGACGACUCGGCUUUGACUGUCUUGCAAGAAACGAAGAAGGCCGUUGACCUUGGAUAUUGGCCGUUAUACCGAUGGAAUCCGUCAAAUGAAGUGAAGGGCGAGCCCACUUUUCACCUUGAUUCCGAGCACAUCAAGCAAGAACUCGAAGAUUUUCUCCGCCGAGAUAAUCAAUUGACCCAGCUUAUGAACCGCUUUCCCAAUUUCUCAGCCAACUUGUCCGAAUCGUACGGCUCCGAAGUUCGGAAGUUACAGAAGCGAAAGGCCAAAGAUGCCUACGAGCAGUUGUUAGAAGGCCUUUAUGGAGCUCCGUUGACCAUCCUCUUUGCGUCUGACAAUGGGAAUGCCGAAAGCCUGUCUAAAAGACUGGCCAGUCGUGGCAGAGCCCGGGGCCUGAAGACAAUGGUCAUGGCAAUGGACGAUUAUCCUCUUGAAGACCUUGGCACCGAGGAGAACGUUGUAUUCAUUACGAGCACUGCAGGUCAAGGGGAGUUCCCGCAAAAUGGGAGAGCUUUCUGGGAUAAUGUCAGGAACGCUGGGGACUUAGACUUAUCCGCGAUCCACUACUCCGUCUUCGCCCUUGGCGACAGUCAUUACUGGCCUCGAAAGGAAGACAAGAUUUAUUACAACAAGCCCGGGAAAGAUCUCGAUGCCAGAUUAUCCUUGCUUGGCGCAAAGCCGCUAAGACCGAUAGGAUUGGGUGAUGACCAAGAUCCAGAUGGCUAUCAGACUGGCUAUGCAGACUGGGAGGCUGGGUUGUGGCAAGCUCUCAGCGUGGCCGAUGUCGCAGGCCUGCCGGAAGAGCCACCUCCAGUCACGAAUGAAGAUAUCAAGAUCGAAUCAAACUAUUUACGCGGAACAAUUGCGCAAGGUCUUCAGGACACUUCCACAGGCGCAAUCUCUGCCGCGGACCAGCAACUGACUAAGUUUCACGGUACUUAUAUGCAAGACGAUCGUGAUCUGCGCGAUGAGCGGAAAGCCCAAGGGCUAGAGCCGGCGUACUCAUUCAUGAUACGCUGCAGACUACCAGGUGGUGUUGCCACGUCUUCACAGUGGUUGCAGAUGGAUGCAAUCUCGUCCGACCAUGGAAAUGAGACCAUGAAACUUACAACUCGACAGACAUUCCAAUUCCAUGGAGUUGUCAAGACUAAGCUUCGGCCGGCAAUGCAGUCUAUAAACAAAGCGCUCAUGACUACCAUUGCCGCGUGUGGCGACGUCAAUCGUAACGUUAUGUGCUCUUCUCUACCCGAAAAGUCAGCCUAUCAUUCAGACGUGCACAAGGUCUCCCAAAAAAUCUCCGACCAUCUCCUUCCAUCCACAACUGCCUAUCACGAAAUCUGGCUGAAGGAUGACAAAACUGGUGAAAAGACUCAGGUAGCUGGACCGGCCGUGGUGGAUCAUGAGCCGCUCUAUGGACCAACGUAUCUCCCCAGAAAGUUCAAGAUCACCAUCGCCGUACCUCCUCACAACGACACAGACGUAUAUGCACAUGAUAUUGGCUUAAUCGCCAUCAAGUCCGCCGAGACAGGUCGUCUCGUUGGCUUCAAUGUUCUUGCUGGUGGCGGGAUGGGUGUGACGCAUAACAACAAAAAGACUUAUCCAAGGACUGGUUGGAUGAUGGGUUAUAUACCUGUGGAGCAGAUACAUAUCGUGUGUGAGAAGAUCAUGCUUGUGCAGCGUGAUCAUGGCGAUCGAAAGAACCGAAAGCAUGCUCGUCUCAAAUACACAAUGGACGAUAUGGGCAACGAGGUCUUCAAGUCCAAGGUGCAGGAGCUUUUACGUCCCCAUGAAAUCGAUUUUGAAGAGCCAAGGCCCUUUCGCUUUGAGUCCAACAUCGACGCCUUCGGUUGGCAGAAAGACGAGAAGGGCAUGAAUCACUUCACUUUCUUCAUCGAGAAUGGGCGAGUCGAAGACACCGCCGACUUCCCCAUGCGUACCGGACUCAAAGAAAUCGCCAAGGUCCACACCGGCGAGUUCCGGCUGACAGGCAACCAACAUCUCAUCCUCUCCAACGUCUCGGACGAAGCGAAACCCCAGAUCGUAGACCUCAUGAUGAAGUACAAACUCGACAACACGCAAUUCAGCGGUAUGCGUCUCUCCUCCUCCGCCUGCGUCGCCUUCCCCACCUGCGGCCUCGCCAUGGCCGAAUCAGAGCGCUACCUCCCCGAGCUCAUCACCAAGCUCGAAGGCUGUCUCGAGGAGAACGGCCUCUCCCAGGACAGCAUCGUCAUGCGCAUGACGGGCUGUCCGAACGGGUGUGCGCGGCCCUGGCUCGCGGAGGCGGCGUUUGUGGGGAAAGCGUAUGGAGCUUACAAUAUGUAUCUGGGUGGUGGGUAUCAUGGUCAGAGGCUGAAUAAGCUGUACCGUAGUUCGAUAAAGGAGGAUGAGAUUCUGGAGAUCAUGAGGGCCUUGUUGGGGAGGUGGUCGCGGGAGAGGCAGGCCGGCGAGCAUUUUGGGGACUGGACCAUCAGAGCUGGCAUCAUUAAGGAGACGAGGGUUGGGAGCGAGUUUCAUGAUGAUGUCGCUGAAGACGAAUCGGAUGCCGAGUGA